AUGUCCGACUUUGAUGAAAAGAACCCCGAAACUCCUCGUCUGCCCUCCAUUCAAAGCUCUUUGACCACGGGGGCCGACGAGGAACGUGACUCUCCCCGGGAAGAAGGCCACACGGAGAGUGCGCAAACUGAGGUAGAACAUCACGAUACCGCCAGUGAGAAACCCAGUACUGCCUCUAUUCCCCAACGAUGGAAGACGGUCAGUCAGCGCAUUCGCGAGCGCGCGGGUACCAUUGCCGAGGCAUUGGGCCGGCCGCAUGAGCGCGAGGCCGACGGUUUGGACGCGAGUUUCUCCCCGGAAUAUUAUGGCGCAACGGACGAUAUCAGAAGCUAUGAGGCGCGGACCGCCGCAGACGAGGAGGAGAGACUCAUGGGGACUGAUCAUAGCUCUCAGGCUCAGCAUUUGCUGAGCCAACUGGGUCUUAACCAGCAUCGGAGAUACCCGAGUGGCCCUCGUCGUGAUACGGAGCCUCGCUCUGGCGCCACAACCCCCGGUGCGAUGACUCCCGGGGACAGUGGAGCAUCGACACCGCUUAAUGGCAGUCUACUCUCGCAUCUCCUGCGGGUGUAUGCCAACAAUAUGGAGUCUGCGAGCAGGAUGAGCGUCGCUACGACCGCGGCAGCUUCCGAUCCCGAGAUCGAGACUCUGCCCUCCAAAACUCCGGGUAUGGGUACGCCUGGCACCGCUACGCCCAUGAGCAGGGCUGCGACUGCGACUACGCCCGGAGUGGGAAAUCCUACGGGCAAGAAGGAAAAGGUCAAGUGGUACAAGAACGGCAACAACAGCAAGGAGAAUGUCAGCGCAAGAGCCUCAAAGCACCACUACACCUCUUCUUUAAUCCAAGCUUCGAUGGGUAUGGGACGUGUGGGUGUCCCCGGCGCUGAAGGUCCCGCGCCAAUGAAUGCCAAAGAACGACGCAAGCAGAAGAGGAAGAGUGCCAAGGAUGUCAAGCUGACCGUACACAUUGCUGCACUACUCGCACGCCAGCAGUAUAUCAUGCAAUUGUGUCGCGCGCUGAUGAAAUACGGUGCGCCCACCCACCGUCUCGAGGAAUACAUGAUGAUGACCUCCAACGUGCUCGAGGUCAAGGCGCAAUUCCUGUAUAUUCCGGGCUGCAUGUUCAUGUCCUUCGAUGACCCACUGACCCGUACGGCCGAGGUCAAAAUUAUCCGUGUCGUGCAAGGCUUGGAUCUAUCCCGACUAGCGGAAACGCACAACGUGUAUAAAAACGUGGUACACGACGUUAUCAGCGUGGACGACGCAACAAGCCAACUCGACACGAUCAUGCAGCGCAAACCACGUUACAACCGGUGGAUGCUCAUCCUCCUCACUGGUCUCGCCAGCGUCACAGUAGGACCAUACUCCUUCUCCGCACGACCCAUCGACCUCCCCAUCAUCUUCGUGCUAGGCUGUCUAGUUGGAUUCAUGCAACACGUCCUAGCCCCCUCCUCAGCAACCUACUCCAACGUGCUCGAAGUCUCCGCCGCAAUUCUAACCUCCUUCCUCGCCCGCGCCUUCGGCAGCAUCACCCACAACGGCGAACGCGUCUUCUGCUUCGCCGCAAUGGCCGAAUCCUCCAUCGCAAUGAUCCUCCCGGGAUUCGCCGUCCUCUCCUCCUCUCUCGAACUCCAAAGCCACCAAAUGAACGCCGGCUCCAUCCGAAUGGUCUUCACCCUUAUCUACUCCCUCUUCCUCGGCUACGGCGUCACAGUCGGAACAACCAUCUACGGACUAAUGGAUAACAACGCCACCACGGAAUCAACCUGUUCAAACGCAACUUCCACCUGGGGCAACGAAUAUAUCCAACACUUCCCCUUCGUCGCUCUAUUCUGCCUCUUCGCCGCGCUCAUCAACCAAGCAAAACCAAAACAACUCCCCGUAACAGUCAUAAUGGGUGUAUGCGGCUACGUCACGAAUUACUUCUCCACAAAAAAGCUGGGCUCGAAUCAAGUCGCCAACACCGUCGGCGCUUUUACAAUCGGUAUCCUGGCAAACUUGUACUCGCGGAUCUGGCACGGCCAUGCCGCCGCCGCUAUUAUCCCGGGUAUUUUCACGCUCGUGCCCUCCGGACUGGCCAGUUCUGGGUCUAUCCUGAGUGGAUUGGAGUAUGCGGAGGCGGUUAAGAGUGGGAAUAUUAGUAGUACGACUAGUGGGUCGAGUAGUAGUAGUCUACUCGGAUUGGGCUAUGGAAUGAUUCAGACUGCAAUUGGUAUUUCGGUGGGGUUGUUUGUUAGUGCGUUGAUUGUUUAUCCGCAUGGCAAGAAGAGGAGUGGAAUUUUCAGUUUAUAA